UCCAAUUUUCUGAACGCCUUCCAUUGGUUUACAUUUCGCUUGCUCUCCAGUGUUUGACAAACCACGAAAAUAAAAUUGAAAAACCAUUUAAAAUAUUUAGUAAGAUAAUGGUAAGGCGGAGAAAGGUCACAAAGUUAUUAUUUUCGUGCGCUCAAGUGUAAAUCAAAGAAACGUGUGCGGUGGCAAAUUUACGCAGCCUGAAGAAAAGGCCAAAAAUCAAUAAGCGUGUAACAUUUGUAAACACGACAAGCCCUCUUGGAUUUUCUCUACGGAACCAACCCCUGCCACUCCCCCCACCCCCCCCCAGUGAACUGUGACCGCCAGCUGCCCCAAAAAGAGAAGGAAAACCGCAGAAAUAACCAUUAGCCACCGAAAUGAUUGCCAACUUUGCGCUGUCUUUGCUGCUAAUGAUUGCGGGAGCAGCAGCCACCGCGGAGCAGGUGGAGUACCUGGAUCCACAGCAAUCUUCGCCAGCGGAUCACCGUCUUAGCAAACGCAUGGAUCUGGAGGUGUGCAUAGGUCACUUUGACGUUCAUAAAAACACCAUAAUUCGCACCGGGGAAUCCCAGGCGAUUGGAGGGAAGUACCUGCAGGGUCUCGAGUUGGACACCAUCGAGGAGUGCGAAAGGCUCUGCUGCGAAACGGAGUCCUGCGACGUGUACAUCUUCGAGCGGAAGGCCGGCGGCUAUUGCUAUCUCUUCGAGUGCGGCCCUCCGGAGGAUUUCCGCUGCAAGUUUACGCGUCACGCCAACUACACCAGUGCCGUGCUGAACCCUCAACCCAGGCAGACCAGCGAGUUGGCCAGCACUCCGCGUCCGCAGUUGCCCCACAUCCCCAGCAACAAUGUGUCGCAGCAGGAAUGGGAACUGAGCAAUUUGAAGCUGAAGCCGGAAGCGAGGGACAAGCCCACAGUUUCCACCGCCGCGGUGGUGGCACCCACAUUGGGCACGGGAACGGGAGCGGGCUUGGGCCAGUCAACAGCUUACCAAGCGCAAAGUGCUCCCGCUGCGCAUUGUGGUCGCUUCCAGUUCACCUGCCAUUCCGGAGAGUGUAUCGCGGUUUACAAUGCCUGCGAUGGAAUUCCCCAGUGCGAGGAUGGGAGCGACGAGGGACCGGAAUGCAUCACGUUAUCGUCAACGGCCACAAAAUCGGGCAGUAGCAGCAGCAACUUGGAGGCCGUGAAGCCCAUGGUACCGCAAUAUCUGCCUGUGCAGAACGUGCAACAACAGUUGCAGGUCGUGGCCCAGCAGCAACAGCAACAACAGCAGCAGCAGCAACAAGCGCAGCAGCAACCACAACAUGUCAUUGUCUUGGGUCCACCACCACCACCGCCUCCCCCACCGCCCAUGGUGAACAACCGCGAAGAUGCCGCCGCCUGGGCAAACCGCAAGAUGAUUGCCGAAGGGCAGCAGCAGCAACAGCCACUGCCGCAGCAGCAACUGCAACAGCAGCAGGCACCUCAGCAAAAGGCAGAAGGCAUAAGCACCGAUGAGCAGAGCCACAUAUUCAGCCACAAAGGCGGUCUCCAAUUGCAGCAGCCGGCGAAUGGACAGGGGCAACUCCAGGUUCAGGGGCAGAGCCAGGGACCAGCGGCGGUUCAGGUUCAGGGGCAAUCAGCACCGCUCCAAUUGCCCGGCUACGAUGGCAAUCAAGCUAUGUAUGGCAUGUCGCUGCCACGCUCCGGAAUUUACUUGUCACAGCAGCAACAUCUACCGCAGCAGCAACUCCAAGCAUCCGCCGGCCAGCCGCAGGUGCAGCCCAAUGCCGUGUGGCCCCCACAAACUCCUUUGGCCCCGCAGCAGCAACAGUCGCCUGUGCAGCAGCAACCAUCGAUGACACCGCAGCAACCUGGUCAUGUCUACGCCGCAGCUUCACCCAUCCAAUCCUCGCCAGCCCAGCAGCAAUCCAUGCUGCCUGUCCUGAAUGCAGCACCCGCCCUGGGAAAAAAUCAGGGCCCAGCGGUGGAUGGGGACUACGAGGAUUACGAUGAGGAAAAUUACACAGAGGCGCCCAAAAAGAAGCAACACAAGCACAAGAAGGUCAAGGCGAAGAUGGCCAAAGAUCCCAUUGAACUAGCCCUGGAGCAAAAUAAGCAACAGCAGGAGGGAUCACGGCCAGCACUGCCCGUUCCCGUUUCUCCAGUGCACGAGCAGCACAAGAUGAUCCAUGAGAAUCUGGCGAUGGAGUUCCGGGAUCACGACGGCCACUCGGAGCGUCCCGGUGGAGCUGUCCUCUCGCUGACUUUGGGCCUGCUGGUGACAGCCGCCCUGGCCAUUCUGAUUGGGUGCAGGAUGCGGACGGUGAGCCGGAGGGCACGACGUCUGGGCGGCAAGACGCCCUAUUCCCAGGAGGCCGACUUCCUGGUCAACGGCAUGUAUCUUUAAGGCAUCUGCCUGUGGGGUUUGACGGGGCUUGCCAAGAUUCUUUGAGUUGUUCCACGCGCGGGGGAUCGCGCGCAAAUAUUUAUAAUUAAUAGUGUAAUGAAAAACAUAUUUUAUAUAAACAAAGAUGUAUCAAAU